AUGUUUCAAUCAAAGCCAUUUAGAGAAACUAAUAAUCUCGUACCGUUUCAAGGCCAAGGUCCGUGGUCACAAUGGAGGAAAGCAAUGGUGCCUAUGAGUAGUGGAUAUACUGAGAAUCGCGGACCAGGCCAAGUAGGCUACAUGUGGUCAAACAUCAGAAAUGAGUUAAACGGAGUGGUAGGACUCUGUGGAAUCUAUGAGUUUCAGGUUAGAGGAACUCUUCCCCAUCACCUACAGAGUGCAGUAGUUUUCGUUGGAAGCACCUGCCGACGCCAAGCAGAUGGCGGACAAUGCCGUAGAUUGAACAACAGGAUAAUCAACUACUGCAGACACGGAAACCAUAAAGCAGAUCUAAUAAAUGACGCAUUGAGCAGAGGAUAUGAGCUGUGGGUCCGUUAUAAGCAGGCUGGGAGUGCAGAGGAAGCUCAAGCCUGGGAAAAUACGCUGCUCGCCAUGUAUGAUUACGCUUGGAAUGUUAGAAAUAACGGCAACAUAAGGGCCGUCCUAUGGUGA